CAGCAAAUAAAAGCCGUUUUCUGUUUUGAACAUUUCCACAGAGUGGGUUUGCGCUCCGGCUUAGUAAGGGCGCCGCUGUACAACUGCGCAAUGAAACGCACAAUCACUUUUUGCGUAGCCCUUGGGGCUUUUUACGCGGUCUUCGGAACAGCAGCAUCAGCGUCCUAUCGUUCUGCCAGAUCCGCCGACGAGGUACGAAGAAUCUACGAGAGCUUCGAUCAGCUAUGCUACACGGAGGGCCACUACACGGAGGCCGAAAUUGAAGCUAUGACCAGGAUCAAACAGGCCGGUGCAGACGCCAUGAAUGGAGGUACCGGAGUUAGCAUAACAGAAAUUGUGAAUCGAGAGGUAUCCAACCGGACCCUGGCUGACGCCCUGAUUGCGAAAUUUCCCGGAUUUGUUAUGUGCGUUAUGAGGGAGAGCCAGCGGCUGCAAGAGCGCCCCUACCGGCCGCCGACUUCAACCAAAUCUUAAUAAACUGCAUUCUUUCCUC